CCAAUAGAACCCAACUGUUCUGCUUCCCAGGGUCUGGCUGGGGCUGGAUGGUGGUCAGCACAGAUGUGGACGGGAGCUUGCUGGGGCCUGUUCAGCUAUGAGAAGUCUGGGGAAGGAUCAGGCUGCCCUCACAGGAAGUGUGAGUUCUCAGUUGGCGACAGAAAACAACUGCAAGGUAAAGCAAAGAUACCACCAUCCUUCCGAGACCUUGAACCAGCUUGAGGUACCAGAACACAUCCAUUCCCCAUCUCUGGAGAUGCUGUUACGCAGACUGAGGGCAAUGGAAGCUCAGCAGGAUGACAAGUUUGCCAGUAUCCUGGAUGUGGUGGGGAAGUUUGGCACAUUCCAGCGUAGGCUGGUGGCCCUCACCUUCAUCCCCAACAUCCUGCUGGCCUUCUUCAUGUUUGCUGACAUCUUCAUGUUCACAGCCCAGAAGCCUUAUUGCAAUACCAGCUGGAUACUGGCAAUCGACCCCAACCUGUCAGAGGCUGAGCAGUUGAAUCUGACCCUGCCCCGAGAACCCAAUGGCAGUUUCCAGACAUGUCUCAUGUACUUGCCCGUGGCCUGGGAUCUGGAUUCUAUUAUCCAAUUUGGCCUCAACUACACAGUGUCAUGCCAAGAUGGGUGGAUCUAUCCUGAGACCAAGAAGCGAUCACUUGUCAAUGAGUUUGACUUGGUGUGUGGCAAGGAGUCGAACAUGGAAGGCGUGCAGACCAUGUUCCUGGCGGGCCUCCUUAUAGGGUCUCUCAUCUUUGGGUUCGUAAGUGACAAGCUGGGCCGCUACCCCACCAUCCUGAUGUCGCUGCUGGGGCUGAUCAUCUUCGGCUUCGGCGCAGCCUUUGUCAACACCUUUCACCAGUACCUGUUCUUCCGCUUCGUGGUGUCCCAGGCUUUGGUGUGCUACGCCAUCAGCAGCGUGUGCUUGGCCACCGAGUGGCUCGUAGGUCAGCACCGGGCCCACGCCAUCAUCCUGGAACACUGCUUUUUCUCUAUGGGAGUCAUGUUCCUGACGGGACUUGCCUACAUCCUUCCCCACUGGCGGCUACUGUUUCUGGUGGGUGGGGCACCUGUGUUCCCCCUCAUCUCCUACAUCUGGAUGCUGCCCGAGUCCCCGCGGUGGCUGAUGCUGAAAGGCAAGCUGGGGGCGGCCAAGCGGGUGCUGUGCUAUGCGGCCAGUGUGAACGAGAAGACCAUUCCCUUAAGUCUGCUGGACAAGCUGCAGCUGCCCGGAAAGAAGGUGACUAAGGCCUCUGUCCUGGACUUCUAUAACAACAGGCACCUCCGCAAGGUGACCUUGGUGAUGGGCUGUGUGUGGUUUACUGUCGGUUACAGCUAUUUUACAAUGAGCCUCAAGUUGAAGGAUUUUGGUGUGAACAUCAACCUCACACAAGUGGUUCCUGGCCUCAUGGAGGUGCCCGCCCGGCUGUGUUGCAUCUUUCUCCUUGAGCUGAUGGGGAGGAAAUGGAGCUUGAUCUUGACUCUCUUCCAAGGCUCCCUUAUGUGCUUGCUUAUCCUCAUCCUCCCCCCAGGAGAGAUGGAGGGAGAGCAGAUGGGUGGGUCCCUUGUCCCCCACCCCAGACUCAGGUGGGCUGAGCAUUAUCUGGCCAUAGAGCUGAAAUCCAUGAUGGUCUUGAUGAUUGUGCUUGGAGAGUUCAGCCUGGCCGCCUCGGCCUCAGUGUUCUUCAUCUACACCGCAGAGCUCCUGCCCACCGUCCUCAGGGCAACAGGUCUGGGGCUGGUAUCUCUGGCCUGGGCAGCUGGAGCCAUCUCAUCCCUGGUGGUCAUCCAACAGAAACUCACCUUCCUACCCAUCUUUCUCUGCUGCAUCUCAGCCUUUCUGGCCUUGUUUCUCUGCUCCCUGCUGCCAGAAACGCAAGAUCAGCCUCUCUCUGAUACCCUGGAGCACUACUCCCUGCAGAUGAGGAACGUGGCUGAGGAACUGUUCACCAAGGAAGUAGUAGUUGAUGAUGGGACUGACGAAGUGACAAAGAACACCAUUCUCAAUUCCAUGAUCCAGAAAUCGGACAUGGACAUCCUCUCCAACGUGUCUUUGCAGGAUGCGUCUUUGCAGGGCAGAGGAGAGGAAACAGACCCACUAAAUAACUGAGGGCCUGGCCCCCAGACGAUCUGAGUUGGAGCUGAGUGGCUGGGUGUGGGGCUGUGGACUCCAGGCCACGAAUUCCAGGCCCAGUCCAGCUGAGGGGCAGGUCAGCCCUGCUCCAAAGCCAGCCGUUGAGAUCCAAAAAUGGCCCCUCCUGGGUGACCUAGUGUGUGAUUCAUUCCAAUAAAGGUGCCAUGUUGGACUUGA